AAAGUCAUGCUGCCAUAAACACUUCUCUGUAAUUUGGUCUUUCCACGGAGCAUUUACUCCUCGGAGCAGCGCAUCUUGCAGAGUAUCGCGAGACUUGAGCACGACCUAUUUAAACACCAGCCGCUGCCCGCGAGUUCACUUUCAUUCAUUCACUCUCGGAUUGUGAAGACAGUUCAAGAAAAUGGCAGCUGGAAAUGCACACAUUGGGAAACCUGCUCCGGAUUUCACAGCCAAAGCAGUGAUGCCUGAUGGACAGUUUGGAGAUGUCCGUUUGUCUGACUACAAAGGGAAGUAUGUGGUGCUGUUCUUCUAUCCACUGGAUUUCACCUUUGUCUGUCCCACUGAGAUCAUCGCCUUCAGUGAUGCUGCCGAGGAGUUCAGGAAAAUCAACUGCGAGAUCAUUGGUGCUUCUGUCGAUUCCCACUUCUGCCAUCUUGCCUGGACCAAAACACCCCGAAAACAAGGUGGUUUAGGACCAAUGAAUGUCCCUCUGGUGGCAGAUACUCUCCGCUCCAUUUCUAAAGACUACGGUGUACUUAAAGAAGAUGAGGGUAUUGCAUACAGGGGUCUUUUCAUUAUUGACGACAAGGGCAUUCUGCGGCAGAUUACCAUCAACGAUCUGCCAGUCGGUCGCUCCAUUGAUGAAACCCUGCGCUUGGUGCAGGCCUUUCAGUUCACCGAUAAGCAUGGAGAAGUUUGUCCAGCCGGAUGGAAGCCUGGAAAAGACACUAUUAAGCCCGAUGUCAAUCAGAGCAAAGACUUCUUCUCCAAGCAAAAUUAAAACUAAAAAAGGCACUAGACUCUGCAGCAUAGUAUAAUAGACAGAAGUGAUGUGAAUUAAUGCUACUGGUUGGACUAGUACAUCCAUUUACAGGUGGUUAUUCUUAUUAUAUAGUGUUAUAUAUUGUAAAGUUGUAGGACUAAAGUGUGUCAGACUACCUGAAAUGUAUUGAACCGUUUGAGUUGGUUUGUUCAACUUUGUCUUACCAUUUAGUUUUGUGUGAAAAGAGAUGUUUUAUAGCGAUGACCUUCUGACUACACUGUCAACAAUUGCAUUUCAAAUAAUAAACUCGUAUUUUGUAAAAGCUUUAUUAGUUUAUUUGUUACCACUGUUUGAUUUGUAAACAUUUAUAAAUCUUCAGUGCUACAUGUUUUUCUUGGUCUGUUGUUAUCGGAUGUGUUAAGAGUGUCGUAAAGUAACAAAUUACAAACACUCUGUACUACU